GGAGGUCAAGAUAAAACUAUUCGUUUCUGGGAUCUUCGGACAAGAGGUUGUGUGAAUGUCAUUACCCCUCAUACCAUCACUCCUGGUACCAGAGGUAGUCCAGUGGCAGCUGUUUGCAUAGACCCAUCAGGCAGGCUGUUGGUUUCCGGUCACGAGGAUUCAUCAUGUGUUCUUUAUGACAUUCGGGGUUCUCGCAUCAUCCAAUGCUUCAAGCCUCACUCCUCAGACCUCCGUUCCCUUCGUUUUUCCCCCUCUGCUUACUACCUGCUCAGUGGAGGCUAUGAUAAUAAACUUGUCCUCACUGACCUCCAAGGGGACUUGACGAUGCCACUGCCAAGCAUUGUUGUGGCUGAGCAUGCAGACAAGGUCAUCUCUGGAAGAUGGCACCCGACAGAGUUCUCUUUCCUCAGCACGAGUGCUGACAAAACAUGCUCUCUCUGGGCCCUUCCCCCAAUCUGACAAAAUGGGCUCAUGAAUCCUGAUCCCUGAACAUGUCCUUGCAAGUCACAGCAUC